UACUUAUCCUGUUCAGACUUGUGAUCUCUCUCUCUCUCUCUCUCUCUGUGUACUGUAAUUCCUGUUAUCUUCACUCCUACACGAUUGCAAGAUCGAAAUCCCAGUUUUAUUUGGCAUCCGAUUUUGUUCUUGUUUGCGUGUUUUCGGUGGAAAUGACUUCUUAUCUGCUUCAUGGAACACUUCAUGCUACGAUCUAUGAGGUCGACAAGCUUCACUCCAGUGGGGGCGGUGGGAUCUUCAACAAGCUUAUGGAGAACAUUGAGGAGACUGUUGGUUUUGGCAAAGGAACUCCCAAGAUCUAUGCAACUAUUGAUCUAGAGAAGGCAAGGGUUGGCCGGACCAGGCUCAUAGAAAAUGAACCUAACAACCCUAGGUGGUAUGAGUCUUUUCACAUUUACUGUGCUCAUAUGGCUUCAAAUGUUAUUUUUACCAUCAAAGACGAUAAUCCUAUUGGGGCAACGUUGAUUGGAAGAGCUUAUAUACCUGUUCAAGAAAUCAGGGAUGGGGCUGAAGUUGAUAGAUGGGUUGAGAUCUUGGAUGGAGACAAAAAUCCUAUAAAAGCAGGCUCAAAAAUCCACGUGAAGCUGCAAUAUUUUGAGGUCAAUCAGGAGCGCAACUGGGCUCAUGGCAUUAAAAGUUCCAAGUACCCUGGCGUUCCGUACACAUUCUUCCCACAAAGACAUGGAAAUAGGGUUUCUUUGUAUCAAGAUGCUCAUGUUCCUGACAAUUUUGUUCCCAAAAUCCCUCUUGCUGGAGGAAAGUACUACGAGGCCCAUAGAUGUUGGGAAGAUAUCUUUGAUGCAAUAACUAAUGCAAAACACUUGAUUUACAUUACUGGCUGGUCCGUAUAUACCAAAAUUUCCUUGAUAAGGGACAAAAGGAUUCAAAAGCAAGGAAGUGACAUCCACCUGGGCGAUCUGCUUAAGAAAAAGGCAAGUGAAGGUGUCAGGGUUCUUAUGCUUGUUUGGGAUGACAGAACUUCUGUGGAUGUACUGAAGAAGGAUGGGUUGAUGGCCACUCACGAUGAAGAAACUGAAAAUUUCUUCCAGAAUACUGAUGUCCACUGUGUCUUGUGCCCUCGUAAUCCAGAUGAGGGUGGAAGCAUUGUUCAGGGUUUACAAAUAUCGACCAUGUUCACCCAUCACCAGAAAAUUGUGGCUGUGGACAGUCAGAUGCCUACUGGAGAAUCGCAGAGUAGGAGGAUUGUGAGUUUUGUUGGGGGUAUUGAUCUUUGUGAUGGCAGAUAUGAUACUCCUUUCCAUUCACUUUUCAGGACUUUGGACUCUGCACACAGUGAUGAUUUUCACCAGCCUAACUUCACUGGUGCAUCAAUCCAAAAAGGUGGACCAAGGGAGCCUUGGCAUGAUAUUCACUGCCGACUUGAAGGACCUGUUGCUUGGGAUGUUCUAUAUAACUUUGAACAGAGAUGGAGAAAGCAAGGAGGGAAGGAUGUACUUGUUAACUUGAGAGAGCUUGAUGGUAUUAUCAUUCCUCCAUCCCCGGUGACCUUCCCUGAUGACCAUGAGACAUGGAAUGUCCAGUUGUUCAGAUCAAUUGAUGAUGGGGCUGCUUUUGGCUUCCCUGAUACACCUGAAGAAGCAGCAAAAGCUGGGCUUGUCAGCGGGAAGGAUAAUGCCAUUGAUCGAAGUAUUCAUGAUGCUUAUAUCCAUGCUAUCCGACGGGCUAAGAACUUCAUAUAUAUUGAAAAUCAGUAUUUUCUUGGCAGCUGUUUUGGCUGGAAUUCUGAUGAUAUCAAGGAUGAGGAUAUUGGUGCUUUGCAUGUAAUUCCCAAGGAGCUUUCAUUAAAGAUUGUUAGCAAGAUUGAGGCUGGGGAGAGGUUCACUGUAUAUGUUGUGGUCCCCAUGUGGCCAGAGGGAAUCCCAGAAAGUGGAUCAGUUCAGGCAAUAUUAGAUUGGCAGAGGAGGACAAUGCAGAUGAUGUAUAAAGAUGUAAUUCAGGCUCUCCGAGAGAAGGGCAUCGAAGAGGAUCCUAGGAACUAUUUGACGUUUUUUUGCCUGGGCAAUCGGGAGAUGAAGAGAAGUGGAGAAUAUGAACCUCCAGAGACACCAGAGCCCGACUCAGAUUAUAAGAGAGCCCAGGAAGCUAGGCGCUUCAUGAUUUAUGUUCAUGCAAAAAUGAUGAUAGUUGACGACGAAUACAUAAUCAUAGGAUCUGCCAACAUCAACCAGAGGUCAAUGGACGGCGCCAGGGACUCAGAGAUAGCAAUGGGAGCCUACCAACCAUAUAACUUAGCCACCAGGCAGCAGCCGGCUAGGGGUCAGAUUCAUGGUUUCCGCAUGGCACUGUGGUAUGAGCACCUUGGCAUGCUUGACGAAACAUUCCAACACCCAGAGAGCAUUGAGUGUGUCUCAAAGGUGAAUCAGAUGUCUGAUAGAUACUGGGAAGCGUACUCGAGCGACAGUCUAGAAGGCGACCUGCGCGGCCACCUCCUUCGCUACCCUGUUGAAGUCUCGAGUGACGGUGAAGUCAAGGAUUUUCAUGGGAUCGAGUUCUUCCCCGACACAAAGGCGAAGGUCCUGGGUGCAAAAUCUGACUACCUGCCGCCUAUCCUUACAACCUAGUUUGAGUUUCUAGUUCUGUCUGGUGCUUUGAGAAAAAACCUAAUGUUGGACUUGUUUUGGUGGUGUGGGGAUCCUCCUAGUCAGUUGGUAAUAAGUUGUGUGCCGUAAUAUGCAGAUGCUGCCGUUAUGUUUGUUCGGAUAUGUGUUCAUAUUAAUGGCUUGGUGGUGGUGGUGGUGAUGGUGCUGUUGGUAGUUGUGUGGUUUUGAUGCUGAGACUAACAUAUAUAUAAUGAUGUCCAGAGUAAUUCUAUGGUCU